AUGGCAUCAAGUAGCAAGUUUUGCAAGGAUGCGUGUAUGUGGAAUGAGCCUCUUGCGGACAACUGGAUGGAGGGCAAGGCUGGUGUGUCGAAUCCACAGGUACGACAGAACGCAUUCCACAUAAUGCCAGCCGGUAGCGAAAUGUUUGUGUUAUUCUUUCAGGACACAAUGUAUGAUACGAGAGUGGAGGAAGAUGCUGAGUUAUCCGAUUGGGAGGGAAGGGGGGCUUCAAAUGUUGCCCUUUUUUUGGGUUUGGAUGAGUUGCAAGCAGAAGAUGUUCUUGAAAUGGAGUUUUCUUCACCUCAGGAGGCAAGUGGCUUCUAUAACAAUUACAGCCGACUAAAGGGCUUUGCAUCAAGGCGAGGCAAGACGGUUAGAAACACUGCCGGAGAGAUAGUGCGGUACACGUUCGUUUGUAAUAGGCAGGGAUUUCGAGAGAAGAAAUGGUUGGAGAAGGUUGAUCGCAAAAGGGAGCAUAAGGUUGUAACCCGAUGCGGAUGCACGGCGGAGAUGAGGAUAAAGCGGAAAGAGGGUAGUGGGAGGUGGUAUGUGUCGCGUUUUGUCGAGGAACAUAACCACGAACUUGCGUAUGGGAAGCUUGUUGAUUAUCUGCGGUCACACAGGAAGAUAUCUGAGGUAGAAGUUGCUCAGCUAACAAGCAUGAGGGAGAUUGGGAUUAGCAUACCUAAGAUUUAUGAGUCAUUCGCAGCACAACUAGGGGGCUUUAAUCUGGUAACAUUCACAAAACAAGAUAUGUAUAAUGAGAUACGGAAACAGAGAGGUCUGCAAGGCGGAGACGUAACUGCAGCUAUUAGUUACUUGGAAGGUCUGGCACGCAUCGAUGGGAAAAUAUUUUGGCGGUACAAGUUGGGGUCAGGGCAACAGCUAUGCAACUUGUUUUGGAGCGAUGGUCAUUGUCAGGAAGAUUAUGGGAUAUUUGGCGAUGUGCUAGCAUUCGACGCUACUUACGGCCGCAACAAGUACAACCUACCCGUUGUAGUCUUUUCCGGAGUAAACCACCACAACCAGACAUGCGUAUUCGGAACAGCAAUGGUCUCAUGCGAAUCGCAGGAGUCAUAUAUUUGGGUUCUUCGCCAGUUUCUGGAAUGCAUGCAAGGUAAGGCACCGCAUUCCGUCAUCACGGAUGGCGACCCGGCCAUGCGGAUAGCAAUCCAGUCCGUCUUUCCAGACGCACAUCAUCGGUUGUGUGCCUGGCAUCUGCUGAGGAACGCGACUGCUAACAUAAGUGACCCGAGAUUCACACAAAUGUUUAGACACUGCAUGCUGGCAGAUAUUGAAAUCGAGGAGUUCGAAGCGCAUUGGGAAUCAAUGGUCAAUGAGUGCGGUGUUAGGGAGGUUGAGUGUGAGUCACUACAUGCCAAACUAGGGAGGUUUGUUGAGAGCAGGUACGGGGUGUUAGAAUUUGUCAGAAAUUUUCAAAGGUGUGUGGACUUUCUUCGUGACACCGAGGACGAGCUAGACUUUCGUUCAUGGUACGGAACACCUGUGCUACAAACGGAGUUUGUUGAGCUGGAAAAGUCUGGAUGGAGUAUGUUCACCCGCGAAAUGUUUCUCAGAUUCCGGGAUAGCCUGAAACGGUGUGUUCGUGUUAGAAUACGCGAAUUUAAUGACAGUGAGAACCCUCAUGCAUAUACUCUCCAGAAGUAUCGGAGGCCUGAGAUGAAUUGGAAGGUAUAUAGGGACCAUAUCUCGAACACAUUUAGUUGCACCUGCAUGCGUAUGGAGUCGUUUGGCAUUCCUUGUGUGCAUAUCCUUUCCGUGUGUGUAAGUCUAGACUUGGUGGAAAUCCCUGAAAGCCUUGUCCUCCGUAGAUGGUCUAAGGCAGCCAAAUUGGAGAUCCAUAACCAAUGUGUUGAGCAACAUACUGCUGACCCAAGUGUGACCUAUAGGACACGAUUGGGUGCUUUCUCCCAGCUGUGUAAGCGCUUAGGGCGCGUUGCUUGCAUGAGUCAUGAAGACUUCAAACUUUACUCAAAGAAGCUUUUGAGCGAUGCUGUGUUCCUUGAAAUAAAGUACGGGUUAAGACCAUCAACGGAUGAUAUCACAACAGCAAAUGAUUGCGGGGUGAAGGACCCUAUUCGUGUCAGAACAAAAGGCACGGGUCGGAUGAGCCAAGCAGGCGGUUCUGCGUCGAAAACGAAAAGAAAGUGCAGCACAUGCGGGAAGCUAGGGCACCGGAGGACUAGAUGCCCCAACGGAGCCACGCAAGCGCCAACGAGGAACAAUGAAUCACAUGGUGGAAGAAAUAAACGCAAGCGAUCUAAGGUACCCGUCGUUGUCCCAGAUAAUUGUCACGCUGAAAAUGCAUGUCAAGCUGGAAGCGACAAACGGGAUCACUUUUCGCUUGCAGACCCAUGA